GUAUCACUUGUCAGUCACGUGGACAGUAACUCUGGGGUAACGCGGAACUGUUCACUCUGCAUGUUGGACUAGCAGGCACAAUGUUGAUCGUAGUCGGGAUUAUUUCUUUCGCUUUGGUCAUAUUUAUAUUAAAAUAUGUCUUUAGCAGCGGACCGAAUCCCUUCGAGAAGGACACCCGUGAACCGCUGAAAAAGAUGGUUCACGACAGGAAGCAGAAAAAUAAAGUGCUGAAGCAAGGUUUUCUGGCCAGCAGAGUACCUGACAACCUGGACGCCAUCAUCAUCGGCAGCGGGAUCGGUGGUCUUGGGCUGGGCGUGCUGCUAGCCAAAGUUGGAAAGAAAGUCCUGGUUCUGGAGCAGCACGAUCGGGCCGGAGGAUGCUGCCACACCUUCACCGAGAAGGGCUUUGAGUUUGACGUCGGGAUCCACUACAUCGGCGACCUGCUGGAACACAAGCCGUUCCGCUGCAUGCUGGACAGCAUGACCAACGGACAGCUGCAGUGGGAGCCGCUGGAGAAUCCCUACGACCAGGUCGUGCUGGGACCCCCGGAGAACCGCCGCAAAUAUCCCAUCUACAGCGGCCGGACCCGCUUCCCGGAGGAGCUGAAGAAAUGCUUCCCCGGGGAGGAGAAGGCCAUCGACGAGUACGUGAGGCUGGCCAAGAAAGUCGGCCGGGGCAUUUGGCUCCUCGCUAUGUUGAAGAUCUGCCCCGUCCCCUUGGCCAAGUUCCUGGUCUACACCGGUCUGGCCCAACGUCUCUCCUUCUUCUUCAAAAUGGCACCUCGCAGCCUGACUGAAGUGGUCAACGAGCUCACCGACAACAAGGACCUCAGGGCGGUUUUCAGCUACAUUUUCGGCACCUACGGUAACAUUCCUAAAGACAGCAGUUUCGCUAUGCACAGCUUGCUGGUCACCCACUACCUCAAUGGUGCGUGGUACCCGAAAGGUGGAGCCUCCGAGAUCGCCUACCACAUGAUCCCCAUCAUCGAGAAGGCUGGCGGGGCGGUUCUAGUCCGAGCGCCGGUCAACCGCAUCCUCUUCAAUGACUCCAAGGAAGCUACCGGUGUGAGCGUCAUGAAAGGCCAGGAGGAGAUGCAUAUACACGCCCCGAUGGUCAUCUCCAAUGCCGGCAUCUUCAACACAUACCAGAAGCUGCUGCCCAAAGAGCUCCAGGCCAUGCCGGCUAUCCAGAAGCAGACGAGCAUGAUGAAGAACGGCGAAGGCGGCCUGAGUGUGUUUGUGGGUCUGAAUGGAACCAAGGAGGAGCUCGGCCUCAAAGCCGACAACUACUGGAUCUUUGCCGAGAACAACUUCGACGAACUGGUGGAGAAGUAUUCAAACGGAAAGCGGGAAGAGUCUGCUCAUAAAGUACCUCUCCUGUUCGUGGCAUCUCCAUCGGCUAAAGAUCCGACCUGGGAGGAGAGAUCUCCAGGGAAGUCGACCGUGAGCCUGGUCAGUUUUGCCAACUACGAGUGGUUUGAGGAGUGGAAGGACGACAAAGUGUCCAACAGGUCGCCUGAAUACAAAGAGCUGAAACAGGCAUUCAUCGACUCUAUCCUGGAGGUGGUUUUCGAUGUCUUCCCCAAGAUAACCAGAGACAAGGUUGAGUUCAUUGACGCCGGCACCCCCAUCACGAACACGCACUACAUCGGAGCCCCCAAAGGUGAAAUCUACGGGGCGGAUCACGGCAUCGCCCGAUUCAGCCCCGAACUCAACGCCACAGUGAGACCUCAGACUCCGCUGAAGAACCUCUAUCUGACAGGUCAGGACGUGUUCACAUGUGGCUUUGCCGGCGCUCUCGCCGGGGCGCUCUCCUGCGGCUCGAUCAUCCUCAACCGCAACCUCCAUCUGGAUGCCAUCGCCAUGGCGAAGAAAAUUCGAUUCAUGAAUCCUAAAUUGAAAGGGGAGUAACUGCCUGACAACAUUGAGCGGAGUGACUGGAGGAGGCCUUGUUUAAUUAGCGCUUACUCUCACCCAACACCCCUUUGUGUGGCUGAGUUUUGUGGAUUGUUCUGGCUAGAAUAAAAGUAAAAGGGGAGUUUCCACACCGACUGGGCUGUGCGUGUACUUUAAAAUGUGCACAUCCACAUCAAUUAAUGUUUACAUAACUCAGUUUUGUUCCAAAAGACAACCCACACUAACAUGCAGCUAACAUGCCAAUGCUUUAAAAAAAAAACUCGAUCUAGAAAGUCUUCUGCAGUUUGUUGUGUUCUAUUUUAUUGUGAAGUGGCCUCUUAAUUGGGUUUAAGAUGUAUCAUGUUUUACUCCUUUUUUAAUAUUAAAAGGUACAAGCGAUGAAUCA